CUUUGCAACAACUUGCCAAAUGAUUGAGAAUAGAUAUUUAUAUGGUGACCCGAUUCACUUAAUCUCUGAAAGCAUUUGUCUGUUUGACAAGAAUGGCAGUCAAGCAAGCAGCAGCCAUACAGAACACACAGAGCAAAUCUGUUCUCAUGUUUGACAGCCCCUCAGAAAACAGAUCAGUCCUCAAAUAUUUUCAUGCACUGGCUGGAUCAUUUAAGUCUAGUAAACAUGGCGGUAUUCCUGAAUCAACAGAAGAGUGUUUGAGCCCAACUUCUCCUUUGGAUGUGAAAAGUUUUAGCAGAUAUUCCUCAGGCGUAGGCCUUGGAAUUCUUGCAGCUCUUGAUGAUAAUAACAACAGUGAGCAAAGCAAGGCCAUGCCCAUUGUCUCUGUAAAACUGCCGUCUUGGAGUAAAUUGGGGAGAGAAGAGGAAAAUGGUGGAAGAUUAUGCAGCUGUAAAGAGACUGUUUAUGAAGAUUCUGGGCCAUCAGCUUUCUCCUCGAUUGAACCUGCUGGAUUUCUGUAUGCUUGUUACCUGUGUAGGAACAAAUUGUCCCACCAGAAGGAUAUAUACAUGUACAGAGGUGACAAGGCAUUUUGCAGCGAGGAAUGCAGAUACCAGCAGAUUGCAAGUGAUGAAAGGAAAGAGCGCCGCCCAUCUCCCAGUUGUUCAUCAUCUUGUUCGCCCAUAUUCACAAUCACUCCCAUGGCUGCUGCCUUGUACUAAUACUAAUACUUCUACUGUUGGAUUUCCAUUAUAGUUUCAUAAAGCACUGUGAGAAAGGCUUAUGCAGAAUAUGAAGGCUUCGUGGAAUACUUUGAAUGCUUGAAUUUGUGCAAUUUUGUAAGGGGAUUAUGAUGAUUGGCCAGCAACUGAGAAAGCAACGUAUACACAUAAAUUUUCCCGAGAAAGCAUUGAAAAGCAUAUGCAUGUUGAACUGUGCCGAUUUCUCUCAAUCCAGCAAUUUUCUUGCCGGCCUUUGGCUUUCCACUGAGCAGUUGAACUGUUUUCAACACGGGGACGGAGAAAAACAUUUUUGAAGUUUGACAAAUAUGAUGUAUACUUUGUAUGUCAAAUUUUGGUAUGGAGUUCAUAUCUGAAGUAUAUAAGAUGAGUGAAUGUUGUUUAUAUUCAUAAAAUUAAAAAUUGUCUUGUAAUUGUUAUUUUUAA